AUGGCAACAGCAGCAGGCAAAAAGACAGCCUCGGCAGACAAGCCACGAGGACUCCUUGCAGGAGCGUUUAGCAAGAGUAAACGGAAGGACCGUCUUGGCAACAGCACCGGCAACAGCACCGGCAACAGCAUCGACAACAAGAGCAUUGAACAGGAGAGCAGCAGCAAGUCGAAAAGUAGAGAACAACCUGCCUUACUGCUGCCUCGCUUGCCGUCACUCGAAGACUUUGACUUCUCCCUCCCUUUUCUCACUGACGACUCCUCUUCAGUGGCCAGCAGCACGCCCGCAACAAUAGCAUCGACCACCCUGACUUCCUCGACGCCCGCAUCGCCCGCCUCCUAUUCUCACUCGACCUCUCGUCCCUUGCUCGCUGGCACCUCCUAUUCCUCCUUUUCUCCCUCCAACAGUCAGUACCUCACCUCCCAGUCUCCCAGGGUCCAGGACUACUUUGGACCUUCCCCAACCUCUACCAUUCGCCAACGGUCAAUUGGUCACCCUCCCGCCAGUGGUAGCAGUACUUACAGCAACAACAGCAACCACAGUAGUGCCAGUAACUCCCGCCCAACAACAACAACCGCUAUGCACUCCAAGGCCAUGACCGACACCACCAUCAGCGGUACGGGCACAAUCGGGGGCCCUCUGGAUCUCUCCCGCCUCGAGGUUACCAGCAACGACUCCUAUAUCCACUUUAACGACGAUCUUUCUCCCAAACGGUCGUCAUUCAAAGGUCUGGACCAUCGCCGCACCAGCGAUAUCCACAUCACCAGCACCAGCACACGCAGCAGUGUUGAUCAGGAACGAGGAAGGCCGCAACAACAACAGCAGCAGCAAACACGGGAUGACCUCUUGAAUCCAACACGUUUUGUUAUACAUCAACCUUCUCUCCCUGGAUUCUCCAAGGCCUCCAGAGCAACCUCGCCUUCACCCUCCCUGACUUCGUCCGUGCUGUCAGACGAGAGUAGUGUCCAUUCGUCCCUUCAACACCACGCUCAAUCAAUACAGCAGCUCCAACAACAACAACAACAGCAGCAGCAGCAGCGGUCAGGCCCCUCGUCUAAGGCCUCGAUGGAAUCAUCUCAUCAACAGCAACAACCAAAACAACAACAACAACCGCAACCGCAACAGCGACAACAAGAUAAGCGACCUUCUUCGACCGCAUCUGCCCCCGAAACUGCAACACGGCCCUCCUCUAUCACGUUACCUACCAUUGCACGAGCGCAAGAGGCACCUGCGUCGCUCACUCUCGCAGCCACCUCCACUCUCAACGGUAACGCUAGGGCAGCACAGACAGGAAGGUCGAUUGGUAGAGGGGGUCCGUCGUCGUCCAGCCCACCUGUUGCCGGGUCUGCUCAUCUGAGACCAGCACAGCCCAAGCAGGUCCUGGAUACCUUGCAGGAAUCGCAAAGCCCGAACCUCCGCACUCGUCUAUCGCGGUUGUUUCGACAGAACCCUAAAUCGGAACGGUCGUCCAGCCUUGAGCCUCGCCAUCGUGUCCAGCAAAAGCAGCUUAACCAGGAGAUUGCCCGGACUAUGCCUCGGCUUAAGCAGCAACAACAACAGGAGCAGCAGUCGCCGUUGCAAGAACCCCAACCCCAACAACGACAACAACUACCACCUCAACAACGGUUACAGCAGCAACCAUCAUCCAUACCAGUGCCAGUUCGACAAGUGCCUGCUUCUCAAUCGGCACCCGCACCGGCACUGGUAGCAGCACCAACACCGGCACCAGCACCUCUGCCGUCAUCAAUCAGUACUCCAUCGCCACAGUCGAGUCCAGUGUCGACACUAAAGAGUGAUCCUCUUAUUAUACACUGGAGCUUCUCUGCAAUCCCUGUUCCAACAUCUUUUGCCCCUGGUAUCCUCCCUUCGUCUCUCUCUCCCCCUGCAUCGCCUCUCACAUCCGAGGCGGCCAAAGCCCGACAGCGCAGAGUGUCAUCCGUCUCCAGCAGCCACAGCAUUCGACAAGUCGGCGCAUACGGAGGCGGUAGCAGAGGUCCCAUGAUGUCACCAUCCAGGAAAGCCAACCCAUACUACUCUGGCGUCAUCGCCCGCUUCUCUAACGGCGGCAGACAUUCGCCUCAUGACCGUGAUCAUUCGUCGUCGCCAUCGAAGCGGAGGAGUGUUGUUGCAGUUGGUGGCGAGCGUGCCAGAGUAGGAGCCGAUCCCACAUCAAGCCGUGACAAGUUGACGAUGGCGGAAGUCACAGGUCAGAACCCACCAAAACCAGUAGUAUCAGCCAAAUCUCGUCCACUAUCGACCGCAUCAACUGUCAGCAGCAUCGUGUCCGAAGCCAAGGAGAGGGAACCAUUGCCACUAUUACCGUCUCACCAGGAAUCGACCGAGGAGUCCAAUAACGAAUUCAUGAGGACUUUCCACUCCUCCUUCGUUUCAAGCCCCAUCCAGGCACCGCUCAUGUUUACGCCGACCUACGAAGAGGAGUACGAUAUUGAGAAGGACAGCAUCAGGAACAGCAUCCAAGGCUCACCCUUUUUUGCAAAAGCUACGCUUCCCUACACUAGAACCGUACCUAUCGCACAUGGCCCCCCUACCUACAACUCCCGCUCUGCCUCACCCCCAUCUGGACGUACAGUCCCCAUCCCUCCGGAGAUCAACACUCAGCUUGCUGUUACAAGCGCGCAAACGAUGGAAUCGGCGAAUGAACCCCAGUCUACAGGAGAUUAUGCGUCCAGCAGCAUGAGCGACGACCUGGACGUGGACUCACCCGACUCGCAAUUCUCCUCACAUGCUGGGUAUGGUGAGCAUGGAGGCGGAAUCAUCACGACUGAAGAAGGCUGGGAUGAUGCCGAGUCACAGCAGGACAAUCUGGGACCAAAUGCGCCACCGAUUGUGAUGGUCCACCGGUCAUCGAUGGAGCACUCCAUCCUUCCCGAGCAGCCCCCCUUUGCCCAAAACACCCGCCCGCUUUCGUCAGCAUCGUCAGUCAUGUCGUCCAACUCGACCAAGAUGGUCCCUCCUGGUCCAGCCCACCUUACCUCGGUCGCCCAGUGGUCAGAGUCCAGCUACGAUCCAUGUGCCCCUAUUCGGUGGGAUGAACUGUUCGAGAUGGAUCCCAACAGCAAGGGACCGCUCUGGCUGAGUGGCCGCGAGUUGGGCCAGAUCCCACACGAGUUCUUUGACGGACUGAGGAAUUUGAGGGAGCUUUACCUGGAUCACAACGACAUCAAAGUGGUGCCUGACUCCCUCCUGAAACUCACCAAACUGGAUGUCCUUGAUCUCAGCUGCAACUCGAUCAGUAGCUUCCACUCUGCGUUCAAGAUGAAGAAGCUGAAGAACCUCCGACGACUCAACUUGGACCACAACAUGCUGACGGACAUCUCGCCCAUCUACAAGCUCAAGUCACUUCGGGAACUGCGAAUGAACCACAACUUUGUCCCGUUCCUGGCGAUCGCGAUCCAGAACAUGACCAAGCUCAAGAUCCUCGCCAUGGAGUCCAACUCACUCUCGACCCUGCCAGAGACGAUGGGCAAGCUGGGGAACCUCUGUGAGUUGCGACUCUCGGAUAAUAACCUUCGAGCCCUGCCAGAGUCAAUUGGAUCGAUCCGCACCCUUCAAGUUUUGGCCCUGCGUUCGAACCUGCUGGAGAGGCUGCCAGAAUCAUGGAAGGACAUGGAGAACUUGUCGACAUUGGAUUUGGCUAGUAAUAAGUUGACCAGCUUGCCCGCGGAUAUCGUUCGACUUCCCAAGCUGACGCACCUGGAUCUCCACGACAACCAAAUCCGCGCCUUGCCCGACAAGAUUGGUCAACUCAGCAACUUGGUCGUCCUUCAACUCUGCAACAACCAACUCCGGGAGCUUCCUCGCGAUAUUGGGCGUCUCAAGGAUUUGCAUGAUCUUGUGCUCUCCUUCAACCAACUGCGGAAGCUACCAGACGAAAUUGGAAAGCUGAACAAGCUGCAGGAGCUCAAGUUCGACAACAACCCUCUGCGAUCGUUGCCCAAGACGAUCCAGCGUUUGACCAAUGUGCGACGCGUUCACUUGCAAGGGUGCGAACUCCACGACCUGCCAAUUGAAUUGGGCGUUGCUUUCAAGGAGCUCGUUCACCUGGACCUGUCAGGAAACCGAUUCGAGGUCAUGCCAGCCCUGGACCAGAUGACGCGCCUGGAGGAACUGUACAUUUCCAACAACUUGCUGCGAGAGAUCGGGACGUCGUCGUUGAACCUCCAAACUUCCAACAACAGCAACAACAGUUACAACACUGGAACUAUCUCGGGACCAAUGGGCGGCGGUAUCGGACUGGCCAACAGCGCGCAGCUUGGUGCAGGAAACGGAUCUCUCUCAAGCCAUACCGUCAGCGCUAGUUCCAGCCAAGGAGGAACUAUUUUGGUCAACUCAUCGACUAGUCAAGGGUCGACCGGAGGUGUCACGGGAACUCUCAACAUGGGAGGCGGAGUGACUUCCAGCAAGUUGUCGGAGCUGAAACGACUUCGUGUGUUUGAGGCCAGCAACAACCAGAUCCGUGUGUUGUCGCCCAAGAUCAAUAUGCUUCCUCGCUUGGAGGUGUUGGAUCUGAGCGACAACUUGUUGACCUGGUUGCCCAAGGAGAUUGGCGAUUUGGCGGAUCUCAAGAUCUUGAUUCUCGAGGGCAACCCCAUUAAGUCUCUGCCGUCUUCGCUUUCAAAGCUCAUGGGCAGUCUCGAGGUCUUUAGGAUCGGCGAGUGGCCCGAGAAUGGCUUUGAGAUCACCAGAGAGCAGGCGCAGAUGAACAUGAAGAUCAAUGUGUUGCAGACAUUCAUGCCGCAGCAGAUCGAGAGGACUUUGUUGAUGAGGAUGCACGACUCAAUCCUCAAGCGUGUUCAGGAACUCGACAGCCAACGGUACAGAGAUGAGCACGACUUGGACAAAGUGACAGGAUCUGGCCUCCACUCUCGCGCAUUGACGACCGCCUCUCAGCGCGUCCCUGGAACUUCCUUCGCGCUGGCAACCAACCUUGUGAGUGCGAUGCAGCAGGCCCGUGCUGGAAGUUUGCCACUGGAGGCGGGAGUACGGGGUCGUCUUGGAAUCACCCAGGGCCUUGCGAUUGCGACCCAGAAUAUGAUGGCCCACCGCGACUUUUCGCUGCCAACUCCUUCAUUCGGAAACGAGAGCCAGGCGACAUCCACCACUGGUUCAGGAUAUUACUCGACUUCCUCUGCAAUGUUGAGCAUGAACAGCGAGGGCAUCAACCCCAACUAUGGCGACUACUCGGCUUCGACUGUCAGGACUAUCCCAACCCUUCAGUUCACCAAUAUUCGUGGCCAAGUAGGACCCGUCACAUCGUUGCCACUGACUUCCAGCCCGUUGACUGCCUCUGUUCCUUCUGGUCCUCUGUCAGCCUUCCCUCUGCUCAACAGUCUUCGCACACGCAAGAGCCAACAAAGUCUUUCGGCCAAGAACUCGGGCGCUGAAGGAGCUCGUCCCAAGAGCAUGUAUGCCUAUGGCGGUCAGUCGGAUGCGGGUCAGGAUGAGGUCACGUCCCCUCAAGCCUCAUCCAGUCUCAGCAACCGAAUGAGCCGCGUGUUCGAUUUUGGCAACAGUAGCAACAGCCACGGUAACAACGGAAAUGGCAAGCUGAAGAGCACAGGUGACGCUCCUAGGAUCUCGACUCUGGAGUCUUCAACAUUGCAGUUGAGCACGGAUGCGAUGAUGGCCCUCGGUUUAGGCUCGCAACCUGGCACUGCCGGAGGCGUGAUUACUCGUGGCCAUGGCUUUGAUCGAUUGGGACUCAGACCGGACCAUGGAUCAAGGCUGGGUGACGGAUCUCUGAUUGAUAUCAAGAACUCGAUGGCGAUCAAGAGCUCGCCUUCGUUGACAUCGACGCCGAUGCCUUUGUUCUCUGUUCGUCCCACUUCCCCUACCCCCGGUAGCUCUGCCGCGAGGCAGGAGAAGGCUCGCACAUCCAAGACUUCGUCUGCACGACCCGUCUCGCCUCUGCCUUCUCACAUCUCGGACUCUUCUAUCAAAUCGCCUACCAGCUCUGGCGGAAGCAGCGGAUUUGGCACGGAAAAGACUACAACAGCGCUGCCUUGGUUGCGCCUCAAGUCCUCGGGCAUGCCUCAGAGUCACUCGCAGGACAGCGGAUACCAGCAACCCAGUGGCGACUUCCCUCCACCUUCGGCAUCGAUCGCCUCGACGGUAACAUCCAUGUCGACAACCUCGUUGCCGGUGCAGCUUACCGUCAAUGGAUUGCCCAUCUCUGCGCCGGCUCCACCACCCAUCUUGCUGAACUAUACUCUGGAGACAUCGAGCCUGGACAUCCCCUCGCACAUGUACUAUAGUGCCAACGGCGAUGAUGUUGAUGGCGAUAUGCCUGCCGGUGAUCACGACGAGGAUGAUGAGCUGUCUCGUUUGGGUGAUGGUAUGGGUAUUGAUGGCGAGACCGAGGACGAUAACAUGUCGACGACGACUGGUGGGUAUACCGAAGGAACUCGUCCACGGAUCAGGACCAAGGCACCCAUAAUUGAAUCUCAGGCCAGGUCUCAACAGGAAGCCUACCAACAGCAACAGCAGCAGCAGCAGCAACAAUACCAGGCGACCGCUACGGAUCCAGUUUUGAAGAUUGCGGUGCUGAAGGGCAUCUACGAUCAGAUCCUGCAGAACAUGGACCAAAUGGUGGAGCAGAAUGUGCAAGAGUCGCCGGCCAAGAAGAAUAACAACAACAAGUUCAAGCUGCUGAACACACUCAAGUUCUUGAAGGCCGAUCGCAAUGGCAAUGGAAGCAGCAGUAACAACAGCAGUACGAACAACCAUCACCAGCACUCUAUGCAGGCCCAACACCACCAUCACCACCAGGGAUCUUUGUCGAGCUCCCUUGUUGGCCACCACCCCAUAACGACCACCCUUCAAUAA